CGGUGACUAUGGACUAUGACUUUAAAGUGAAGCUGAGCAGCGAGCGGGAGCGGGUCGAGGACCUGUUCGAAUACGAGGGCUGCAAAGUUGGCCGUGGCACUUCUGGGCACGUCUACAAAGCCAAGAGGAAGGAUGGGAAGGAUGAUAAGGACUAUGCUUUAAAACAAAUAGAAGGAACUGGAAUCUCUAUGUCAGCAUGUAGAGAAAUAGCAUUACUUCGAGAGCUUAAACAUCCCAACGUCAUCUCUCUUCAAAUAGUGUUUCUGUCUCAUGCGGAUGGGAACAUAAUCAAGUUUCACAGAGCCUCUAAAGCAAACAAGAAGCCAGUUCAGUUACCUCGGGGAAUGGUGAAAUCUCGUUUAUAUCAGAUCUUAGAUGGUAUUCACCAUCUGCAUGCCAAAUGGGUGUUGCACAGGGAUUUGAAACCUGCUAAUAUUUUAGUUAUGGGUGAAGGUCCCGAGCGUGGAAGAGUAAAAAUUGCUGAUAUGGGCUUUGCCCGAUUAUUCAAUUCACCUUUAAAGCCUCUAGCAGAUUUGGAUCCAGUUGUUGUGACAUUCUGGUACCGAGCUCCAGAGCUGCUUCUUGGUGCAAGACAUUAUACCAAAACAAUUGAUAUUUGGGCUAUAGGGUGUAUAUUUGCAGAGCUACUAACGUCAGAACCAAUAUUUCACUGUCGGCAAGAGGACAUCAAAACUUGUAAUCCUUAUCACCAUGACCAGCUGGACAGAAUAUUCAAUGUAAUGGGAUUUCUUGCAGAUAAAGAUUGGGAAGAUAUAAAAAAGAUGCCCGAACAUUCAACAUUAAUGAAAGAUUUCAGAAGAAAUACGUAUACCAACUGCAGCCUUAUCAAGUAUAUGGAAAAACACAAAGUUAAACCGGAUAGUAAAGCAUUCCACUUGCUACAGAAGUUGCUUACUAUGGACCCAAUAAAGCGAAUUUCCUCAGAACAGGCUAUGCAGGAUCCCUAUUCCUUAGAAGACCCGCUUCCUACAUCAGACGUAUUUGCUGGUUGUCAGAUACCUUACCCAAAACGAGAAUUUUUAACAGAAGAAGAGCCUGAUGACAAAGGAGACAAAAAGCACCAGCAGCAGCAGCAGGGCACUAACCACACUAAUGGGACUGGCCACCCAGGGAACCAAGACAGCAGCCACGCGCAGGGGCCCCCGCUGAAAAAAGUGAGGGAUGUUCCUCCUACCACUACCUCAGGUGGACUGAUCAUGACCUCAGACUAUCAGCGUUCCAAUCCACAUGCUGCCUGUCCCAACCCUGGACCAAGCACACCGCAGCCCCAGAGCAGCAUGGGAUACUCAGCUACCUCCCAGCAGCCUCCACAGCGCUCACACCAGACGCAUGGGUACUGAGCUGCGACGGAACACUGUCGAUGCACUGUUGCUAAUGCUGCAGGGCAGAUGUGCAGCUUGCUGCGGGAACCUGGCGUGGCGGUGAGAAUGUACGGUACCACCACAUCUUCAAAAUGUCCAGCAGCCGUGUGCCACCAGCUGUCACAGAUUGGGAUAGUAGCUUCCAAGUCGUCCCUCAUGUUGGAGUUAGACUUGAGAAGAAAGCAUUAGCACAGUGUGUGUUGUGGACUCGCUGCUUCCCUAGUUCUCCAGACACGGCUCAGACUGACCAGUGCAUCUCGGUGACAGUCUGUAGCAGUGACGCUGUGAGAUGUACUGGGGGCGAGCAUUUGUCCUCCGCGUGGCGACUUCCAGUGCAGCACCCCCAUCCGACCAGUAGUACAGACAGACACAAAGUUGAACUGGUACUUGAAACAUACAGUUUAUGUUAGCUCAACAGAAUAACUGAAACUCAAAGAUUAUUUGUUACACCUUCCUUUUUAGUGUCUUAUCAGUGGCCUGAUUCAUUUUCUACAUUAA